CAGUUUAGCGUUACUGAAGGUUGCAUUUACACUCUCUCUGGUAACGUCUGCACCAGUGUCAAUCUUGAACCUUAACUCUCUCCCAUUCACUUUCACAUUGGUCAUGUAAGCACCUGUUACAGUUUCAAUUGAUUGAUCCAAGCAUAGAUAACCUCGAGAAUCAACACUACUAUCAGAAACAAUCUGUUUGUUUGGUGUAUGCGCGCAUAAUGUCCUACUGGUUUCUGUCCUCAUCUGGAACAGCUGUCUCCUGUCUGUUUAGUAGCUGGGAUGAAGGAUUUGCCUUUCACGCCUUGGUAGGUAGUAUAGUAGCCUUCUGGAACUUCUGGAACAGGGUCAGUUUGGAAUGUUUGGAAGACGCAGCGUGCGUAUUGUCUCCACCCCAGCUGUAGCAGGUUGUGGGCGGUUCCACUGAGAGAUGUCUAGGAACAGUAGUCUGUUGCAUCUUCACCUACUCACUUUGUCAAGCUCUCAAAGUGAGUCAAGCUCUCGUGAUAGCAUCUCUGAUAGCUUUGCAUCAGAUACUAGUCCCACAACCACUUGAACUCUGAUUAGCUCCUCACGUAAUGCUCCGAAUUGACAUUGCUCUGACAACGUGUGUAACUAGGGCAGUUACGAAACUCUCUACUGACUCCUCGUUCUCUUGACAGUGGUAGUUGACCUUUGCACGUUCGAAAAUUACAGUCCUUCUCUUUACGAAGUGAGAAUCAAGCUUUCGCUUGACAGGGUGGUACACCUUGCGCUUGUCUUCCGUCAACGUGAAGGAAGCUAAGAUAUCCUCUGCUAUCGAGCCCAUCGAAUAUACUAAUGCGGCUAUCUGCGUGGAUUCAUCCUUUCUGAAAGACCAGAAGCCAAUCGAAAUCGUUCAAAACGCUUGAUCCAGCGUGCCACCUAUCCGGCUGAGAGAAAUCGAACUGCUCAGGCGGCGCUAUCUGAAACGUUGCCAAUAAUCCCACUAUUCUGACACCAUGUUGUCUACAGGCUCAGUAGGGUUUGACUGACUAAUUGCCCUACAUUGUUAAUAAUACUAAUUGCAUAUAGGUAACAUAAAUAUCAUGCCACACAGUGCAUUAUCAGCAGGAUAUGAAGUUCACCUUGCAACGACCUAGACGCGACGCGCAUGCGCAACUUAAACCUGGAGAUGCUACGAAGAGUUGCCGUUAGCGCAAGAGCCGCCGCCAGCGGUGCUGGACACAGCGAGCUAAGUAUUGCCAUAUCAGAAGAAAAGAACGUUUACGAAGCGGUCAUGAAGCUCAUCGCCGCCAAGGCGGAUGCGGCCGUUUAUUCGUACAAAUGGGCGCGCGGCGAGACGAACAAAGUGAUUCAGGACGUGUUUCUCAAGAUGUGCGGAUUGACGUCCGUUUGGGCUGAAGCUCAGAAUGAGUUUGCGCAGAAGUACAAGGAGUAUAGGGGAUGUUUGAAGGAGAUAUUGCACGAGGAGAAAAGCAUUGACGACGUGAAGAAGCAACAGAACACGUGCGCAUCUAGACUGACCAAGUUGAAGAAGCAGGUUGAUGUUGCAAGACGGAAAAAUGACUCCUCUAAGCUUGAACCACUUCUGGCAGAGCUGAGACAGGCCACUACUGCUAAUGACAAAGCCUAUGAAGAAGUUGAAGAAAAAAUAGAUUAUGUGGAAGCUUUUAAAGCACGGAGGUUGCGUGAGUCUCUGCUGUUGUUGUCUGAGGCGUAUCUUACGUUAGCAAAGAAGAUGACGGAAAUAUUUUCGGCUCAAAUGCAGAUGGCUGAGUUGAUCACAUCCGAUACGGUUCCGAAUUCAAACAUGGUGCCUGAUAAUUCUCUUUAUGAAGCGUGCUGGGAGAAAAACACCAACAUUCUCAAGGAAACAUGUCUGAAAAUUGGCUAUCCAGUUCCACGUCUUCCCGGCGACCGCACAUCUACCUUAAGAACCUACGUAGACCGAGACUCCUCUCCAGACACACGCUUCAGUCCCACUCCCCCCUCACCAUCCGGACGUGCACCACUACCACCCCCAUCUCAAAAACGUAAUUCCAAAAUCUUAGCCGGAGCCAGCAGUCUAGACCUAGUGGAUAUAUACGCCAGUGCAGAUGAUUUGACAACCGUGAUGCCGCCCAAGCUCCCACCUCGUCCUAGUGUCACUAAGCCAGACUACGUCGUACCGGAUGAACAAGUCGUGCAUGUAAAAGGCAAAAAGUCGGGUGACGUUGAGAAAGACGCAUCAAAGUCGGUCAAAGAUGGCGGAAAAGGGAAAGACACCUGGAAGGCUGACGACUAUUCGAAAGUCCAGGAUAUGUACGAGUGGGUGUGGCAGCGACAGUCACAGAUCCUAUCGGGUGGUGACAGUGGGGAAUACACGAUGCCAUUCGAUCUCAUACCGGGACGAGAAGCCACCGGUGCAGGCAACAAGCCUGUGAAAGUAGUGAGGGAAAAGUCGUCAGCCGAGCUUCCUGCUUCCAAGGAAGACUCGGGUGGAUACCUCUUACCUGCAGAAGCAGUCGAAAGCAACAAGGUCAAGUUGAGUGACACCCAGGGAAAGUCGCCGGUUGCUGGGCAACAGUCAGAGACGGACACAAGUUGUUCUACUGACCCAAUCGAUUCGGGUGAGUAUGCGUAUGCGAGAGUGAUGACAACCACGACGAAACCGUACCGGCCGCCGUCGAAAUCUCCCGCACCGAAGGAGAACUCGAAGUCAACAAGUCGUCCGGAAGUACCGCCUAGACCGUCUCGAAUGAAACCAACUAGUAAGAGUAUAGACGACGAGACUGUUGUUAGAGACCCUGAAGGUCGUACUGCCAAAGUGGCAUCGGAUAGCGAUGAAGCCGGGUCGAGCUGACAACACGAGUGACGGUAGUGUAGUGUGUUGACUGCUAUAUAUAUUUGAUACCACGAAUGACGGCCUUGUUGUACUCAGUUUAGAUUAAUUGAGUGAUUGCAUUUUAUUUAGUUAAUUAAUUGUUGGGUUUAAGUUUGUAGACUCUGAUUGCUUGUAGCUGUUUGUAAUGAGCCUGGUUUGUGAACAGUCACGUGACUGUUGAUAUUUUGUGUAAUUUUGUUUAUGUAAUAUACAGGGUAUGUUAAAUUGGUUUUAAUAUCAAUUAAAAAUUAAAUAAAUUUGUUUCUUCAAAUUGUCUACUUUAGCUUA